GGUGUGGGUGAUGGAGGAAGAAGAAGGGUUGGAGGUGGUUGGCCAUGGUGGACGGGUGUGGGUGAUGGAGGAAGAAGAAGGGUUGGAGGUGGUCGGCUAUGGUGGACGGGUGUGGGUGAUGGAGGAAGAAAAAGGGUUGGAGGUGGUUGGCUAUGGUGGAUGGGUGUGGGUGAUGGAGGAAGAAGAAGGGUUGGAGGUAGUUGGCUAUGGUGGACGGGUGUGGGUGAUGAAGGAAGAGGAAGGGUUGGAGGUGGUUGGCUAUGGUGGACGGGUGUGGGUGAUGGAGGAAGAAGAAGGGUUGGGGGUGUUUGACUAUGGUGGACGGGUGUGGGUGACGGAGGAGGAAGGAGAGUUGGAGGUGGUCGGCUAUGGUGGAUGGGUGUACGGUCUGUACAAGUUUGUGGUGAUGCCUUUCGGCCUUUGCAAUGCUCCUGGCACCUUUCAGCACGCUAUGAUCCGGAUAUUCCAUGACUACUUGGAUACGUUUGUCAUCGUGUACCUCGAUGACAUACUUAUUUUUAGUAAGACUGUCGAGGAGCGCGUUGCACAUUUGGACGAAGUCCUCAGUCUCCUGCGACAGCACAAGUUCAAGAUCAAUGGUGAGAAGUGCGAGUUUGGACGCACCCGUGUCUUGUACUUGGGUCAUGAGAUUUCCGCGGAAGGGUCGAAGUCCGAUGACGGGAAGGUGGCCAACAUUCAUGACUGGCCGCAUCCUCAGUCUGUGACUGAGGUGAAAUCUUUCUUAGUGACGACCGGCUACUAUCGCAACUUCGUGGAGAACUAUAGCAUAGUUGCCGCUCCUUUGACUGAUUUGACCCGCCUUGACACCCCGUGGAAGUGGACUGAGAGAUGCGAGGCUGCUUUCAGACAUUUGAAGCAUGCGUUGACGCAUUAUGAAGUCUUGAAACUUCCUGAUCUUGACAAGCCAUUUAUAGUGACUACGGAUGCUAGCCAAUAUGGUGCGCUGAUGACCGAGUUCAAUCUUGCGGGCAAUGUUACUCAAUAUUUGGUGGAAGCCUAUCGCGAGGAUCUGCUCAUGUCGGAGAUCAUCCGCAGCCUGGAGGCGAAGGACAAAGUAACUUCCGCAGAGUUUGAGUUGGUCAACGACUUGCUGUUCCUUGAGAAGGCUGGGAAUAAACGAUUGUGUGUUCCUAAUGGAGAAUCUUUGUGUAGUUUAUUUCUAGGAGAAUGUCAUGAUGCCACCGGCCAUUUUGGGUACAAGAAGACCGCAGCCAAUCUGCUGCAGCGGUUCUGGUGGCCCACGAUGAUGCGAGAUGCCCAACUGUAUGUGGAGACUUGUCAGGUCUGUCAAAGGGACAAGCCACAUACUCAGGCUCCUCUUGGGCUCCUGAAGCCCCUUCCGAUUCCUGAACAGCCUGGUGAGAGUCUGUCCAUGGACUUCAUGGAUACACUGGUCACCAGCAAGAGUGGGAUGCGACACAUCUUCGUCAUCGUGGAUAGAUUUAGUAAGUAUGCUAGAUUAGUAGCAAUGCCAGAAACAGCAAGCACGGAGUACGUGAUCAGAAUGUUUAAAGAAAACUGGGUCAGGGAUUUUGGUUUACCGAAAUCCAUUAUCAGUGACAGGGAUGUCCGAUUUACCAGCGAACUGUGGAAGGCCGCUGUUGCAGAACAGGGAACUCAGUUGCAAAUGACUUCUGGGAAUCACCCAGAGGCCAACGGUCAGGCCGAGCAACUGAAUCGCGCUUGCCACGUUAGCAGUGCCACAUCAGCAACAGUGCUGCGUCAGCAACAUUGCCACGUCAGCAACAGUGCCAUGUCAGCAACAGUGCCACGUCAGCAGUGCCACGUCACCAGUACCACGCCAGCAGUACCACGCCAGCAACAGUGCCCCACCACCAUGACGGUCUCAGUUCUGGGCAUGCCAGGCCAACUGGCCAAGGAGCCCAUUGCCGAGUACCGACAGCGGUUCCAGGCUCAGCUCGCACCGAUCGAGGCUGAGGAACAGCGUCAGGCGGCAGCCGAGGCUGCCUGCCUACAAGCUGAAGCAGCGGCAGCAGCUGAAAAGCAGCGGCUUCAGGCCGAAGCAGACGCAGAUACCCAGGCACGCCGCAAGGAAGCCCAGGAUCUGCUACAGCGGCACGAAGCCGCCAGCAUCGAAAAGCUCAAGUUCUGGCAUUUUGAACCAUCCGAGCACCACGAAGAUGCGACACCGGAAGAGCAGUACAAGGAGUUUCUUGCCAAACUCGUGACCCGGUUGGUUUACACUUGUAACCACCUGCAGUCCGAGUUGGCGAAUCUCCAACAAGCGGUGCGGAACCACAAGGAUCUGCACGAGGAUGCUACACGGGCACUUGAUUCCCGCGUACAGGACUUGGAGCAAGUUGCACCAAGACCGGAUGUUGGCGAGUCCAUCAGUGCACCCUCUACCCGCCAAUUGGAGGAACGACUUGACCACGUAGUCGCAAUGCUUGGCGACAUCAGCACCUUCGCUGCACCAGCCACCAUCAGCAAGCAGCUGGACACCUUGAAGACCGAGGUUCAGCAACUGCACCAGCUACCCAACAAGGAUGGCAACACCAGUGCGCAGCACUACAAGAUGCCGACAUUCCGCAUCGAAAAGUUCGAUGAUUAUACGCAUCAAGACCCGGUCCCCUGGUGGGAGGGCUUUACGACGGAACUUCGGAUUCUUUUCGUCCCCGAGCACUCAUACAUCGGCGCACUGUUCCUCAACUCAAAGGGCGGAUGCCAGAUCUGGCUCAACCACCUUGCAACCAUCCAUGGCGUCCAAGUCGCCGAUCUACAUAAGAAAAUCUCUUGGGACGAGUUGACGAAGCUAUGGAAGAAGCGGUUCAUCGUGGACGACGCCCUAGCGCUCACCAUCAACCGCCUCUUCAGCAUGACUCAAGGCAACACACCAACACGUGACUGGCUCACUGAAUGGCAAAAGAUCGUGGCAACACGCGAUCUCGAGUUGCCAUUUUCGCAUCUGCGCCGAAAAUUAUACAACCGUUCAUGCGCCGCCUUGAGCCUCGCACUUGGUGAUCGCGAGCAAUACACGACCUUCGCCGAAAUCAUCGACAAGGCAAGGGAGAUCAUCAAGACCAACAGGGCGGCUGCACACGAGAAGUCAGCGUGGCAGCCAACCUAUGUGGAGAAAGGAAAAUUUGGUCCGCGUCCUCAGCAUGUCGCUGCAGUCCAACCGGACAACAUUGUGGAAGACCCGGCAGCCACCCAAGCAUCACGUGAGGGAGAUCAGGUGGCCGCUGACCAGCCGCGAAGCAACAACAACUCUCGAGGAAAAGGGAAGGCAAAAACCACAUCGCCGGCUGGAAACGGACAGUCAACACCAUGGGUCAAGUUUCACUUGACCGAGGCCGAAUACAAGUGGCGCAGCCGCUAUGUGCGCCUGGAGCUUUUGGAAGGGGUAGUUGCCUUCUAUGCUGGGGAUCUGGAAUCAGCGCGACGCAUAUUAUCGUCAGCAAAGGAUAAGUUCCACCAGCUUCAAGUUUCCAAUGAAGCUCUGGUGACAUUGCUAUCUAUGGGUAUCACAAGCCGUGAGGCGAGGAGAUCAUUGCGGGUGUCUGGACAGGACCCUUGUAGAGCUGCUCAGUUUGUCUUUGAACAACGACAAAAAAUGGCAGAGAAAGUGGAGGAAGAUCGGAGACUGUGGAGGGAGCGCAGGGAGCAGAAAUCGUACGGGAAAACGCCGACCGGAAAGGCAGUUGACCUUGCAAAGCUCGCGGAGAUAGAGUCCCUUGGGUACCCACGUGCACUUGCAGCAGAGGCGUUGCGUCAGGCUGACAAUGAGAGAGCGAAGGCACUGGACAUCUUGCUAAAUCCAGACCUGCUGGUCGCCCUGGAGGUAGCCAUCUGCAAGAAAAAGGGGAAAAAGAGAAGUCGCGAGCAUGUCGAUGAGGUGUCGCUUGCAAUUUUGGUAUCUCAAGGAUUCAGUCGAUCAGAAGCCAAGUCGGCUUUGAGGGAGACAGAGGGAGAUGUGGAAGCAGCACUUGCGGGCCUUGUCUCCAAGGCAACUGAUGCAAGUUCAACUGCAGCAACAGGAGGCCCAUCAGGUGAGGGCACUUGUGGCAGUGAAGCUGGAGGUGCUGGCGAGGCAAGUCAGACAAGGGACGGAGAAGCAGUCAGGGAAGAAGAUUUCUUGAGUGCAGAUGAGGACGACGAGGGAACCAUGAAUGAAGUGCGAGAUGUUGGGAUGGAGGAUGAAAUUGCCCGUGACAUCUCGGGUGAUCCUUUUUCAGAGUACGAUGUUGAUAUGGCAGAAGAAGGGAAGGCCAUUGAGGAGUAUCUUGCUCUGGUGGAGUCCUCAUGCACUUCAGCAAGAGGGAAUCUUCAUGCUCCCAGUUCUUGAAAAACAACAUUCUACCCUUGCAGCCCUUACCCAUGCGCAAUGCAACUCUGCGACUUUCUUGCCAUUGUCAGCGGAGGCAUUCCUUCAUUGAGCUCUGUUCAGAGCUUCUGUAAACAGCUUUGGGGAAAAAGCCUAAGUGAACAGAAGUGUUUUAGCAACAGAAAUAUUGUAUUGUACUAUUAUCAUCGUGGUAUGUUAUCCCUGUAUCACUGCACAAGGAAACUGACGUUCCUUGGUUGCAUGGACAUCAGCAUCUCCGUUGAUCCAUAAUGCGGAGAAAACAACCAAUCAGAAAGCUAGAACCAGUGUGGCCAAGAAAGCUAUCUCCGUUUUGGUUUGGUCUGGGGAUCAGGGCCAUAAGGCUGCAAUAUGUCGGGACAUGGAAUGGCUGUGAUGGAGAAGCCACCUCGCUAAUACACUGUAAUUGGCCUGUUGGUAACACAUUGCAGGGAUCCAUAAUCUGAGCGGGUAAGUUCAUGAAGAGUGUAAGCUGGCCAGCCGAAACGUUUCCAGCAUGCACUCACAUUGUAAAAUAGCCAAUAGCCAAAUCCGUUCUCUUGGGCUGGCUAGUGCAUGAAUGCCAACUAGACAGUCACCAUUUAACUCCAGAUUGAACUGCAGGUAAGGGCCAAUUCACCUGCUUCGAGCUGCCUCUUUGUGCUUGGCUGAGAACCAGAAAGACUUGCGCUGAGAAGUCCUCUCUCUCGUUUUUUUUCUUCUUUUUUUUGUCUUGUUGGACCCACCCGAGGGUGGUAGCCUAGACCGCAUGUGUUCAUAAUACUCAUAUAGUGCAUAGACUAUUCCCGCCUUUAUUGAGGGAGAUGCUAACCUUCUCUCGGCUCAGCGAAUGCUGUCCUCUCUCUUUGUUGUUUGUUUAUUUGGUCGGUUUUUUUUUUUUUUCCUGUUCAUAUUCCUUUUGAGUGGAUGAGAAUGAGGUGGGGGAGUUGGGCGACAGUUGGCCCCAGGGUUGCCCAUUGGACAGAUGGGAUUUACCCUACUCAUAACCUUUUUGGUUUAACCGCCCUAGGUGUUUAACAUUGUUUACCAUUGACAUUCACUGGGCAUCUAUGCUCUGCUUUCUCUGCUUGGUUCUGACAGUUCUCACCCUCUUUUUUUUCCGACAGUUUUCACUGUUGCUGCAUACAUCAGCUCUCUUCUUCAGCAGUGGGCUAUGGUCUCCCUAAGUCAGCAACCCAAAGGGUAGCCUUGGAGGUGCUUGUCAUGGCACACAGCUCGCACGUCUCAAGAUCAUGCAUGUGGAGCAGAUGUGAUAUGUAAUGUGUAAUUGCCAUGAGAUGAUGGUCAUCUAAUUAAAUUGUGAGACUAUCAAAGUGCUUUGACGAGCCUGCGCAUCUUGACUA